GGUUACAGGUAAUAGGUACCUAUGUAAUAUAUAUUGGCUAAGCUAAUGGCUUCGGUUAAUUUCUCUGUUAAAUAGGUGUCAUGCACUCAUGCUACAUUUUGUAUUUUUUUUUUCUUGAGUAAAUGGUAUGUACGACACAUGUUAUAACCCACAGGUAGACGAACAUAAAUUGUGAAAUGAAUGUUACUUAAUUCUUACCAGUUUUUUUUCGUUAACGUUCUGUCGUUUCGUGACAGUUGAAUAUUUACAUCUAAACGUGUUGUGCACACUAUUUUAGUCUAGUUUGCCAUUAACUGUACCGCACUCGCUACUCAGUCGUCGAAAGUGAAUUUCCUCGUGUCAUAGUAGAUUAUAUAUUUUUGUACUUGGUGAAUCGUAAAUAUGUCCAAAAACACACUGUUCAAUUACUUUACUAGGUCCCCUAGCUCUGGGGCUCCAAAAACGAGUGGAUCGCCUACUCCUGAAAGUGCCGUGACGUCAAAAACCCCGAAACGUCAGUUAUCCAAUACUAAUAAGGGUAAUUCUGUGACUCCUAAGAGGACACCAAAAUCUGCAGUAAAUGGAAGUUCGGCAAAAAAAACCAUCAGCAAUAAUGGUAGUACAAAGAAAACUACUGAAAAAAGAAAAUCAAGACCGCUUGAAGAAUCUAUGGAAGAAAAUGAAGAAAAUGAAGAGUUGCCUAAGAAAAAACGUAUUAGGAUAUUACCCUUAUCAGAAGAUGAGACUGAUGAUCUAGAAGACGUUGUCGUUGAAGAAGAUUCUGGUGAUGAAUAUGUGCCAGAUAAGAAGUCUUUAAAUGAAUCUGAAUCUGAAGAAAGUCCUGAACCAUCUGACAAUGAUUCAUUUAUUGAUGAUGAAUCGGACGAAGAAUCUCCAGUUAAAACAAAAGCUGGGAAAAAUAAAAAAUCUGUUGGAAAAUCUAAUAAAUCUUCAAAAUCUAAUAAAUCAUAUACCCCUGCUGUGGACAAAUCUACCAAAGAAGUAACCAAAGGUAAUGGAGUUGAUCAUGACAAUUGGCCCCAUUUAAAACUUGAGUUUUUGAAACCAGAAAAAAUCAGAGAUGCUAAUAAAAAAUCACCAUCUGAUCCUAAUUAUAAUCCCCGGACAUUAUAUGUACCAGAAGAUUUUAAACUGACAUUAACUCCAGGUGUUCGACAGUGGUGGGAGUUAAAAGCACAACAUUUUGACUGUAUAUUGUUUUUUAAAGUGGGAAAAUUUUAUGAAAUGUAUCAUAUGGAUGCUGUAACAACUGCUAAAGAACUUAAUCUUUUAUACAUGAAGGGAGACUUUGCUCAUGUUGGAUUUCCAGAAACUGCCUAUGGUCGUUUUUCAGCAAUUUUAGUCGAAAAAGGUUAUACUGUUGCUCGGAUAGAACAGACUGAAACACCAGAUAUGAUGACAGAAAGAUGUAGACGUUUAAAAAAGACCACUAAAUUUGAUAAAGUUGUACGACGUGAGAUAUGUCGCAUUACAACCAAAGGUACUCGGACUUUUGGUAUAAUUGAUGGUGAAACAAAUGAUGCUGAAAAUUCGUUUUUGAUAGCUAUAUCUGAAAAAGAAAUGAGCAGCUCAACUUCUUUGUACGGUGUGUGCUUUAUUGAUACAUCUAUUGGUCUUUUUCAUCUUGGGCAAUUCGAAGAUGAUUGUCAUUGCUCCCGUUUAAGAACUUUAUGUGCUCAUUAUCCUCCAGUACAAGUUUUAUUUGAACGCAAUAAAUUGACUGUUCGUACCAAAAAAGUUAUUGAUACUAUGCUUUCUAGUGCUGUUAAAGAUGCACUUAUCCCAGACAUAGAAUUUUGGUCAUCAUCAAAAACUUUGAUUACUUUAGCUGAAGGAGACUAUUUUAAAAAUGAUGAUAAUGUGGUAUAUCCAGAAAACUUAAAAAUGUUUUUGGGCAGUGACUCUGACUUACAAUUGAAUGCCAAUGACGAAUGUGAGUUUGGGAUUCGUAGUUUGGGUGCUGUUAUUUGGUAUUUAAAGCGGUGUAAAAUGGACUUCCAACUUUUAUCUAGAGGAAGAUUUGACAUAUAUAAACCAGUUGAUAUUGAAUCUGUUGAAUUAUCCAAUCAAGAUAAUAUUAACAGCAAACAUAUGAUACUUGACGCAAUAACUCUUAAAAACCUGCAUAUAUUAGAAAACUCUGCUGGUUCAUAUUCAGGAACAUUACUUAACAAGUUAAAUCAUUGUUCUACACCAUUUGGCAAAAGACUACUACACCAAUGGUUGUGUAAUCCGUUGACAACAAUAUCCAGUAUUGAAGCUAGACAAAAUGCAAUUUCUUCUCUAAUCGUUAUUCCUGAUUUAAUGCACGAAAUACGAUCAGAAUUGGCCAGUUUACCAGAUUUAGAACGUCUAUUUUCCAGGAUUUACUCUCAGAGUAGUAAUGGAGUUGAAUCAGAUCAUGCGGAAACAAGAGCAAUAUAUUUCGAAGAAAAAACUUAUUCAAAAAGGAAAAUAAUUGAUUUCAUAUCAAUUUUGAAAGGUUUUAGAACAAGUGUUAAUAUAAUGGAAAAAUUUCAAAAAGCUGAUAUUAAAAAAGAAAGUUCAGAAUCCAAUUUAUUGACUGCUAUUUGCAAUUAUCCUAACAGCCCAACACCUGGAGUAUUUCCUUAUUUAACUGAACUUCUUGAUAAUUUUGAGAAUUCUUUUGAUCAUGAUGAAGCUAUGAAACAUGGUCGUAUUUUUCCUGAACCAGGAAUGGAUGAUCAGUAUGACAGAGUUUUGGAAAAAAUUAAAGAAGUUGAUGUUGAGUUAAAAUCUUAUUUAAAAGAACAAUGCAAACACUUUGGAUGUAAUGUCACUUAUUUUGGAUCUGAUAAAAAAAGAUAUCAGUUAGAAGUACCUGAUGCUGCAUCAAAGAGAGCUGGAGAUGGAUAUGAACUUCAAAACCAAAGAAAGGGAUUCAAACGAUUCACAACAUAUCGUACUAAAGAACUUUUGGAAAAAAUGACUAGUUAUGAACAAGAAAAAAUAGAUGUAUUGAAAGAUCUUAGAGAAAGAGUGUUUUCGCGGUUUUGUGAUAAGUUUGAGGAAUGGAAUAAUGCCAUCCAGUGUUUGGCUACACUAGAUGUUUUCAUGUCAUUAGCAGAAUACUGCCGGUGUGAAGAAGAAGUUAUGUGUAUUCCUAAAUUUAUUCCAGCUAUUGUUGGUAAAAAGCCUUUAGUUGAACUCAUUGAAGGACGUUAUCCAUGCGGAUCUGGUGGUGAAAGUUUCAUUCCGAAUGAUACGAUCAUUGGAAAAGAAGAAGAUGGAACAUGGAAUUCUAGUUUGAUAUUAGUAACGGGCCCUAACAUGGGAGGCAAGUCUACAUUAAUGAGACAGCUUGGAAUCAUAUCUGUUAUGGCACAUAUGGGUUGUCAUGUACCUGCAAAAAGCCUUGUUCUCAAUCCAGUUGACAGGAUAUUUACAAGGAUUGGCGCCAAUGACAACAUAAUAGCAGGAGAGUCGACAUUCUUUGUUGAAUUGUGUGAGACAUCUGCUAUACUUCAUCAUGCUAGUCGAUUUUCAUUGGUCUUAGUUGAUGAACUGGGCAGAGGAACAUCUACGUAUGAUGGGACUGCAAUCGCUUCAGCUGUUGUCACUGAACUAAUACAAAAACAAUGCCGUACACUAUUUUCUACCCAUUACCACUCGUUGGUCGAAGAUUUCAAAGUUAAUCCUUUAGUUGCACUCGGUCAUAUGGCAUGCAUGGUAGAAAAUGAUGAAACAAAUGAAAUGGAUGCAGAACAAACUCAAGAAACAAUUACUUUCUUGUAUAAGUUUGCAAAUGGAGCUUGUCCGAAAUCAUAUGGUUUUAAUGCUGCUCGUUUGGCUGGCAUGCCUGCUGAUAUCAUAAAAACUGGUUUACGUAGAUCUAAAGAAUUUGAGACUGCGGCUAAGCGCCGAAUACUAUUUAAAACAUUGUUUUCAUCCAAUGAUAUAUCUGCUGUGAAAACUGCUAUUUUAGCACUAUGAUUUACAUAUUAAGUUCCUUAUAAACAGUAUAAGUACUUCCAAACCGAAUUGUUAUUAUGAUUUAUUCCUUUUUAUGA